AUGACUCCAGUUGUCCUCUUUGUCGUCCUCCUCUCGCUGACAGCUGUUGCUCUGGGUGCAGCUGAUGAAGGAGAUGAUGGAGACUCAUCUCAGGACGUCUCUGAAGUCAUUGCAAGAGCAAAUGCUGGCAUACGAACGAGGCUGAUUUAUGACGACAUUGCCCUAAACAGGAAAAGGAACGCUGUCCCCUGCACUGCUGCAGGCUGCAAAUGGCCUAAAAGUGGAUACUAUGUAACAGUCCCUUACACCAUCUCCUAUCGAUACUCCACAUACGAGCGCAACUUAAUCAUCAGUACUCUGGAGUCCUUCCACAGGUCCACUUGUGUUCGCUUUCGGAUGAGGACCUCGAAGCAUCGCGAUUACCUACACUUCUUCUCUGGAACUGGGUGCUGGUCCUACCUGGGCCGUCAGGGAGGAAAACAGGAUGUCUCCCUGAAGAGAAAAAGCUGUAUACGCACAAGCACGGUGCAGCACGAGGUUCUCCAUGCUCUCGGCUUCCACCACGAGCAAGUCCGCUCUGACAGAGACGACUACGUCAACAUCAACUACAAGAACAUCGAGUCAGGAAAGGAAUCCAACUUCCAGAAGGUGCAGACCAACAACCUGGGAACUCCCUAUGACUUCCAGUCCGUCAUGCAUUACAGCAGGUACGCCUUCUCCAAAAAUGGGAAUCCCACCAUCGUUGCCAAGAGCAACCCAAACCUUAACUUCGGACAUGCCAGGACGUUGAGCGCCAAUGACAUUGCCCGUGUCAACAGGCUGUACUGCUGA